GGGCGUCACUGUUCACCGGCUUUCGCUCUCCACAACAGUUCCACCUGAGGACACCAUGGUAUUCAAGGUUGUGAUCACCCUGGCGCUCGUGGGCACGGCGCUUUCCGUCGACCCGUACCAGCCGGAGCCCGCUUACAAGCCGGAGCCCGCUUACCCAGAGACACCGGCCAAGUACGCCUUCGACUACGCCGUGGCCGACGAGUACUCUGGGUCGGACUUCGCUGCCGACGAGACGCGUGACGGAGCGAGCACGACCGGCUCGUACCGCGUCGCCCUGCCCGACGGCCGCGUCCAGACCGUCACCUACAAGGUGGACGGCGACUCUGGCUUCGUGGCCGAGGUCACGUACGAGGGCGAGGCCCAGUACCCCGAGACGACGCAUCAGGCGCCGACCUACAAGCCUGCCCCCGCGCCCUACAAGCCCGCCCCCGCACCCUACAAGCCCACCCCAGCGCCCUACAAGCCCACCCCCGCGCCGUACAAGCCGGCCCCCGCGCCCUACAACCCCGCUCCUGUGGCGCCGCAGUACCCGCAGUACCCCGCGCCGUACCGGCCCGCCUACUACAAGCCUAAGUACGCACCGGCAUCAGCCGCGCCGGCCACAACCGCGGCGGCAGCGCAGGCCACGGAGGCCGCUCCGGCCGCCGCUAAAGCUGCCCCCGCCGCCGCCGAGGCCUGAGCGCGCCUCUGCUCCCAGGCGGCUGCGGUCUGCUCGGCCUCCGGGCCGUGUGAUCACGAGCAGUCCGGUAUAUGAUUACCGUGAGUCUGUUUGUCCGCGUGCCAGUAUUUAUUGACAGUCCGUGAGAACAAAUAUAACAUA